AUGAAGAAAGAAAAGGCAAUAGCAUUACUCAUUUUGCCAACAGUUUUAUCGGUCACACUUGCAAUCGGUGCGAAAGAAUUGUCAGAGAAGAAAGCAAUUGUUACACGAAUAGAGGCUAUUGAAGAAUUAGCUGGUGUUACAAUACUGUGUUCAGAUAAAACGGGAACAUUAACGGAGAAUAAACUGGUUAUCGAUAAACCGACGAUUAUUCAAUAUGGCGACGAUGUAAAUGCCGAUCAGAUUAUUCAAUAUGCUGCCUACGCAUGUAAUCUGGAAAAUCCCGAUCCAAUAGAUGAAUGUGUAACUACGACAUUUGGUAACGCUGAUGAAAUUCGUAAACAAAUUGAAAUAUUAAAUUUCGUUCCAUUCGAUCCGGAAAAUAAACGAACCGAGAUAACAUACCGUCAGUUGUCUGAUAAUCAAGUUUAUCGUGUUACAAAAGGUUCGGCUGAUAUAAUUUUAAACCUAUGUACACAAAAUAAAACAGAUGAACAAGAAAAGAAGUUAAAAGCAGACGUUGAUGAGUUUGCCAAACGUGGAUUAAGAUCGUUGGCUGUUGCUAUUGACACGGCUCCCAAAGAUGGUGGCAGUGACGAACAAAGUUCAAGUUAUAAAUUGAUUGGUCUGUUGCCUAUUAUGGAUCCACCACGAGAAGAUACAGCUGAAACAAUAAGACAAGCUUUAGACUUAGGCGUUAAAGUCACAAUGAUAACUGGUGACCAAUUAGAAAUAGCAAAAGAAACGGGCCGUCGAAUUGGUUUAGGUGAUUCAAUGCUAAUUUAUUCAACAUUAGAAGAAGAAUCAUCCAAGAACAGCACUGACAUAGAUGAAGCUAUUUUGCAAGCAGACGGAUUUGCUGCUGUUACGCCCGAGCAUAAAUAUGAUAUUGUAAAACGUCUUCAAGACUUAGGACAUCUAGUUGCAAUGACAGGUGAUGGUGUUAACGAUGCACCAGCACUGUCCAAAUCUAAUGUAGGUAUUGCCGUUGCUAGUGCAUCGGACGCCGCACGAUCAGCAGCUGCUAUUGUUCUGACUGAACCGGGCCUGGGUGUUAUUAUUGAUGCAAUCAAUGGUUCACGGCAAAUUUUUCAACGUAUGAAAACCUAUUCAGUCUAUACGUGUGCUGUUACGAUUCGAAUUCUAGUUGCCAUAUUGAAUGACGGGACAAUCAUGACAAUAUCAAAAGAUCGUGUUAUUGCAUCAGCAAAACCAAACCAUUGGAAUAUGUUUGAAAUAUUCAGCUAUGCUAUUGUCUACGGAAUUUAUUUGGCACUGUCAACAUUGGUCUUUUUUGCUGUGAUUGUCGAAACAAAUUUUUUUCAAACCACAUUUGGUGUGGAAACAUUUGACAAGUUACCCGAAAAUGGCGGCUAUAACAGCCAGAUACUUAACUCUAUUAUCUAUUUACAAGUUUCAACUAUAAGUCAAGCACUGAUAUUUGUUACUCGAACACCGGGCUUCUUUUUUAGUCAACGGCCAUCUUUGUUAGUAAUUGGUGCUUUCGUUAUAACACAAACUGCUGCUACAUUUAUUGCUGUUUAUGUAAAUUCUAAUGAACGAAUUGGAAUUACAGGCUGUGGUUGGACAUGGGCAGGCAUUGUAUGGAUAUGGAACAUAAUUUGGUUUAUUCCACUUGAUUUAAUAAAAUUUUGUUUACAAGCAAUAUUUGCCAAAAGUAUUCAUGCAAUUCAACCGUUUAAUAAUCGUUGUCGUGCUUUUUGCCGUCGUUCUCAUCGCCAAGUUCAAGAGUCAUCGUCUGAUAAUAACUAUCCUACGCUUGAAAAUCUUCUUAAACAAACGUCAAAUCUCGAACGAUCGACUGAUGAAAAUGACUUUUUGUUAACAAAAUUUGAUGAAUUUUCAAUGACUGGAGCCAAUUUCUAUUCUUUCUAUACGGAACCUUUAGAUAAGUUAAAAUUAUCUUCAAUGGCUCAUUUAAGAAAUCGAAAGGGAUCAGCAGCAAAAAGUAUGAAAUAA